AUGGACCCCGGAAGAGAAACUCAGAUUAGUGGUCCGGGGGCCCCCCAAGAUAGUAUCAACUCACUUGAGAAGGCGGUCAUUGAGGACGAAUUCGACAUUGAAAAGGGCCAGGCACCAGGAUCAGUCUCUUCUCCUCCUCUAUCACUAAACGAUGAACUGGCGAAGGAUCCCAAUUUGGUGCGCUGGAGCGGCUCGGACGACCCAGAGGACCCGACGAACUUCAGCCGUGCUCGGAAAUGUAGCAUCUUCAGUCAAGCCACAGCAGUAACAGCAAAAGUCUUUGGGGUGUCUAUAGAAGUUACAACUCUUGGAACGAGCUUCAUCGUCCUGGGAUUCGCCCUUGGUCCAAUUGUCUGGGGCCCUCUUUCCGAGGUGUACGGUCGGCGGCUACCUCUCCUCAUCUGCUUUACCAUUUCAGCUAUAUUCCAGGUCCCCGUUGCGGUAGCACAGAACCUCCACACAAUCCUAAUAUCUCGGUUUUUGAUUGGGGCGUUUGGUUCUGUCACGCUUGCCGUUGUUGGUGGCGCCCUGGUAGACAUCUGGGACCCCGUUGAUCGUGGAAUCGCAUCUGCUGGCUUCUGCGCAGCUACAUUCUUAGGCCCUAUUGCUGGGCCGAUAGUUGGUGGUUUCAUUGUUCACUCGGGCCUUGGAUGGCGAUGGACCGCCUGGAUUACACUCUCCGUGGAUGUAGCCAUAGGCGGCCUGGCUAUGUUUACUCUUCCAGAGACAUUUGCGCCCGUGAUUCUGCAACGUCGAGCAGCGCGCCUUCGAUUCGAAACGAAAAACUGGGCCCUCCAUUCUGCUCUUGAUGAACAACCCCUGUCGUUUAACGAUAUAGUCACCAAAUAUUUGAGUCGUCCAUUUGCAAUGUUGAUCUUGGAGCCGAUUCUCUCCCUGGUUACACUCUACCUUGCUGUUGUUUACGGGAUUCUAUACCUCUUCUUCUUUGCAUACCCAAUCUCCUUCCAGCAAGUCCGAGGCUGGAAAAAUCCUGGGAUUGCAGCUCUUCCAUUCAUCGGUCUCUCCGUCGGGAUCCUAUGUGGCUGUGCCUUUAUUGUCUACCUAAGCAAAACCCAGUUUGCACGAAAAAUCAAGGAAUCAGGGCGUCUAGUUCCUGAAGACCGUCUGCCACCCAUGAUAAUCGCCGCGGUAGCUCUCCCUGCAGGCCUUUUCUGGUUUUCUUGGACUUCGUCACCAAACAUAUCAUGGGUGCCCCAGGUCAUAGCAGGCGUGCCCAUCGGUUUUGGCUUGAUCAUUAUCUUCCUGCAAGGCAUAAACUAUAUCGUCGAUGUCUAUUUGAUGUAUGCCAACUCGGCUUUGGCGGCGAACACUCUGAUCCGCAGUCUUUUGGGUGCUGCCUUUCCUCUAUUUGCUUCGAAGAUGUUUCAUAAGCUUGGAGUUGAAUGGGCCGGUAGCGUGUUGGGAUUUGUGACCGUGGCCAUGAUCCCCGUUCCAGUGCUGUUUUAUAUAUAUGGGGCUAAGAUUAGGGCGAUGAGUCGCUUUAGCCCAAAAUUGUGA